AUGGCCAUAUAUGGGUUCCUUUGCUUCAUCAAUAGUGCCAUAUGGUCGAGCAAUGCCCUCGGCCUGUCCAUUGCCAUCACGUCUCCUCUCAGAGUCAAUAUCGAGAUUCGAGUAAUCGGCCUAGCACAUAUGAACGGUCUGGGUGGAUUGACUCAACGCCAUGGAAGUGCCCUGUUUCCUGCGAAAGAUGCACCGGCAUCCCUGGCAGAUUUUUACCCAACCGCACAUUCUCUUUACUCCGUUGCGACUUCCAAUAUAUUGGAGUCUUGA